AAACGAUGGGACUCGUCUACUCGCGCGAACGUCGUCGUUAGCUCACGAAAUCUGUUGCAGUUCGCCGAGAGUAUCGUAAAACUGUAACGCAUGACUUGGCCAAUACACGCAGUAAGACAUUAAUUCACUUUAACAUAUUUUACGACGACAUUAUUAUGCAUUUCUGGUUAGAAGCGCACAUUCUUUCGCGAUAAAUAGCAUCGCAAUACCAAUCGGUUUUGCGAUCGGAAUGAGGCAACGCUCGGAGUGCGAACCACGUAUUUAAAGGCAGAAUAAAUCGAUAUUUCAAAAAAGGCGAAAUUAUUUCUGUUCUCCAAAUAUCCGCUCGUGUGCCGACAAUGCGCGAGAUCGAGACUCAGAAGGUUCUCCAGGACGAGCAGUGCUUCGAAAUAAUUCGCAAGAAGCUGCGACAGGACGCGAUGGAUAGCUUCUCGCUGGUCAACUUCGAGAUCGUGCCGAUAGAUGAAGUGAACGGUUUUUUAGGCCAAUACUUUACUCUAAGAGCCACCGUGGCCUGUCCGAAAUCACCGCUGGAGACGAGGAACAUCAACUUUUUCACCAAGGUGCCGCCGCCGAUCAGCAGCCCGCUUUACGAUUUAACUCAGGCGUACGGUACGUUUAAGAAGGAAGUGGCUCUCUACACUACGGUAUUCCCGGAAAUGCUGGGCGGUCUUGACAAGGGAUGCAUCCCGGAAUGUUUCCUCGGGAUCGAGAACGACGUGAUCGUCCUCGAGGAUAUGGCUCAUAGCGGCUAUACGAUGACUGACAAGACCACGCCUUUCGACUUUGAGCAUUGCGAGAUUCUGAUAAAGAUGCUCGCCAAGUUUCACGCGAAAUCCUUCAUCUUUGAGCAGCAGUAUAAGAAAACUUUGCACGACGAAUUUUCUCAUUGCAUGCACGAGACUCUCUGGCCGUGCGCGGACGACAAAGCUAAGGCGAUGGUCGACGCCGCCGUAAAAGGCAUCGUCUCGAUGAUUGACUUACUACCUGAAUUAAAUGAUGAUCGGCGCAGUGAUUUUAAAGAAAAAAUCGUGAAAUUAUGUGCAGAUCACACGGACAGACUAUCACCGUCGGUGAAACACAAGAACGUGCUAUGCCACGGUGAUUUAUGGGCAAACAAUAUAUUGUUUAAGUACGAUACCGAUAAGAGACCUGUUGAAUGCUGCCUCAUUGAUUUCCAACUGGCAAGGUACAAUCCACCAGCGCACGACAUAUUGUGUUUUCUCCAAUUCACAACUACGCGGAAGCUACGAGAGGAACAUAGCGAGACGCUUUUUAGACUCUACCACGAUUCUAUGGCGAUAGUCAUGAAAGAAGCUGGUCUUAAUAUAUCAGAGAUUUUCUCUUGGGACGAAUUUGCUGAAUCCAUUCGAGAUUUACGUAUAAUGUGCCUAAUUCACGGUAUACUAAAUACACCGAUCAUGCUGCUGGAACCUAACACGGCCAGUAAAUACUUUGCCGAGAAACCGGAGCUCCUUGAAAGUAUUCUGUACGUUGACAGAACGCCACUCAUUUGCGAGCAAUUCAAGGAAGCACCGAAAUAUCGUGCCCGUAUGAUAGACAGCUUAUUAGAAUUGUACGAUUAUGUAACUGGUUAACUACCACACGACAUAAUCGAGCUGUAAAAGGAUAACAAAGUAGUCAAACUUCCUCACUAAAGUAUUACCAGACGUAAAGCUCAAGAAAAAUGUAUUUUAGAUUUAAGACAAAUAAACAGAAGGUCUUGAUAUUAAUAGAUAUUCUUCAACAAUAAUAAGAUAGACAUCUUGACAUUAAUAUUUUCAAUAAAAUAUAAUAAAUGUAAUGUUAUACAUGUGCAACAUAAAUAAAGCGUAAUCAUCGUGCUUGACUUGCAAAUAUAAAACCUUUUUCUUUAGAUUUAUAAAAUUUUGAAAACAUUUAUAAAUAGAGAAUAAUGAUGAUAUUCUAGAAUAACGAAUUAUUAUUGCGUUAACAUGAUUCUGUAUAGUGCGAGUACUUACUUUUUACGUGUAAGGUUUCAAGCAAUUAUUAAUAGCAGUUAUAUCAGUAAUUUGUUCCACAUGUAGUGAUAACUUUGCGACAUUGCAAACUAACUCUGGAUAUUUGUUAAAAUAUUCUAUUAACAAAUUUUGAAAUAUUUUCAAUAGUGACGUGCUAUCUUUUCUUAUUUUUAAGAAAUUUUGAUUAUUUUAAUGUCGUAAUUAUUGAUCAUGAGCGUGUAAACAUUUACGUAUACUUUCUUAAAUGUAGAUUGCAUGUGAUAUUAUUAAUAACUGUGAUAUCUGAUAAAGCAUAUUAUUAUAUGGUUAUCAUAUAGAAUAAAACUAAAUCGAUGUUCUUGUUGACAAUAAAAAUAAAGAAACAUUU